AACUGUCAAAGGCGUCUGAAAUCAGGAAGCUAGAACUGCUUUCAAGCAUUGAAAUGUCAGUUAGUGGCUGAACGUGACACGCUGGCCACAUUACUAAAGUGGCUGACAUGACCCACACAUCUUUUCUCAUGUCCAUCCUGACUACAAAACAUACAGUAGUGCGGUAGCCACCACACCUUGCGAGUGGACUGUUUGACGGCAGCCAGCCAUCUUUAGGCCACGAUGGCUGACAACGUGAACAAGCUGCCCUUCUUCUACGGCAACAUUACCAGAGAAGAGGCGGAGGAAUACCUGCUGCAGGCAGGUGUGGCAAAUGGCGUCUAUUUGUUACGGCAAAGUCGGAACCACCUGGGAGGCUUUGCCCUGUCCGUGUUGUAUUCCACCCGCUGUUACCACUACAGCAUUGAGAGAGAAGCGGCUGAAACGUACGCCAUCGAUGGUGGGAAGAGCCACAGCAGCCCCAUGGACCUGAUCGACUACCACGCCCAAGAGUUGGACGGCCUUGUGUGUCGCUUAAGGACGCCCUGCAACCGGCCCAAGAACAUGCAGCCCAAGGUGGGGCCCUUUGAGGACCUGAAGGAAAAACUGAUCCAGGAGUACGUCAAGCAGACUUGGAACCUACAGGGUACAGCUCUGGAACAAGCCAUCAUCAGCCAGAGGCCGCAUUUGGAGAAGCUUAUUGCAACCACUGCCCAUGAAGGAAUGCCCUGGUUCCAUGGUAAAAUCACUCGAGAAGACUCAGAGUCCAGACUACAAAACAGCCCGCGAACAAAUGGAAAAUUCCUUAUCCGACAGAGAGAUGCCAAUGGAUCCUAUGCACUUUGUUUAUUACAUCAAGGACAAGUCAUGCAUUACCGCAUCGACAAGGACGUGGCUGGCAAGUUCUGUAUUCCAGAUGGAAAGAUGUUUGACACCCUUUGGCAGCUGGUGGAGCACUACUCAUACAAGCCAGACGGCCUUCUUCAGGUGCUGACUGACCCCUGUCCACGGCCUGAUGGAGACACAGGUGUAUUUCUACCAUCGCUGCUGACUCAUGACACGUCCGGAUUUGGUUCUUUAAUUAAAAAUGCAGCUGGUGGAUUCUUUUCAAAAAUCAAAAUUGGUCCCAUGCCUAGACGACAAAAGAGCCGAGGAUCCCGACACGAUACCCCAAAUCUCCACCCCUAUGAAAUGACCAAUGAUGGAGUAGUAGCCAGAGAGUCCCUACCGAUGGACACCCCGGUAUAUGACAGGACCUAUGCAGAUCCAGACCAGAUCAGGAACUCCACAGUGGACCGGGAACAGCUCUUUCUGGAGGACGAAGAAUUGGGUUCUGGAAAUUUCGGUACAGUCAGCAAGGGCAUUUACAAGACCAGAACGACAGCACAGCCGGUCGCGGUCAAAAUCCUGAAAAAUGAGGACGACAGCCCGCUCGUCUGUGAGGAGAUGCUGCGAGAAGCAAACGUCAUGCAGCAGCUGGACAAUCCGUACAUCGUGCGGAUGAUCGGUAUUUGUGAGGCAGAGAGCCUCAUGCUGGUGAUGGAGCUGGCCGAGCUCGGUCCACUUCACAAGUUUCUGCAGAAAAACAAACAAAUGAGCAUCACAAACAUCACUGAGCUGGUCCAUCAAGUGUCCAUGGGCAUGAAGUACCUCGAGGAGCAUAACUUUGUCCACAGAGAUCUUGCUGCCAGGAAUGUGCUGUUGGUCACGCGGCACUACGCCAAAAUCAGCGACUUUGGUCUCUCCAAAGUAGUUGCUGAUGACGAGAACUACUACAAGGCCAAGAGACACGGCAAGUGGCCAGUAAAGUGGUACGCGCCCGAGUGCAUCAAUUUCUUCAAAUUCUCCACCAAAAGUGACGUGUGGAGCUUUGGAGUGUUUAUGUGGGAGGCGUACUCGUAUGGAGAGAAGCCUUACAAGGGGAUGAAAGGCAACAAUGUUCUGCAAAUGAUUGAGAGUGGACUACGGAUGGACGCGCCACCAAAAUGUCCUGAAGAAAUAUACACCCUGAUGAAGAACUGCUGGAUUUACGACUUUGAAAAACGACCUGCCUUUGCCGUCAUUGAGCCACGACUGCGACAAUAUUAUUAUGACAUUGCUCAGUAAAAACAUGAUCGGUUUCAAUUGAAACAUUGUCACUUUCAGACUAAAUAAGUUUAUGCAAUAAAAAAUGUUCCCUUUUAAAA